AUGGACCUCAUUAAUUCCCAGCUAGGCAACAACAGUAUGUUGAACUGUAUUGUGGAGCUGCUCAGCAAACACCCAGAAUGGUUGAAUGCCAAGGUGAAGUUCUUCCUCCCCAACAUGGACCUCGACUCCAGGAACGAGGCCCCAGACCCUGUACAGUGGGUUGUCCUACAACUGUAUGCCCAAGGUAUAGCCACUUGGCAGACGUUCAUCCACUGUGUGUGCAUGGAACUGGAUGUGCCGCUGGAGCUGGAGGUGCUGCUGCUGAGCACGUGGGGCCAUGACGAGGGCCUCAAGCGGCCUCAUCAGAGCUGUUGGUCCCUUCCUCGCAAGAAGCACAGUAGGGAGCUGGAUGGGUACCAAGAGUUGGCCAAGAGAUAUCUGCAGCUCCUGAGGACCUCUACCCAGAAACGCUAUGGCACUGAGCACCCCAGGCCAGGACAGUACCUAUCCUUCCACAUCGCCCCAAUCCUGCAGCGGAGCCGGACCACAACACCCUGUGACACUCAGGAGGAGACUGUUACAGGAGACCCCAUGGCAGAAGAUGGCAUCCAGGAUCUCUUCAAUACCAAUACAGAAAAGGGCCAGAGAGUCACAGUGGUCCUGGGGAACGCAGGCAUGGGCAAGACCACACUGGCACACUGGCUCUGCCAGAAGUGGGCUAAUGGCCAACUGGACCGCUUCCAGGCCCUGUUCCUCUUCGAAUUCCGCCAGCUUAACCUGAUCACAGGUCUGCUGACACUGCCCCAGCUCCUUUUUGAUCUCUACCUAAGCCCUGAGUCGGGAACUGACAUGGUCUUCCAGUACCUGAAGGAGAACGCACAUCAUGUCCUGCUCAUCUUUGAUGGGCUGGACGAGGCCCUCCACCCCUGCUCCAGCAGGAAGACCGGAGACGCUGAAGCCCCAGGACCUGCCUUCACCCUCUUUUCUGGCCUCUGUAAAGGGACCCUCCUACCUGGCUGCUGGGUGAUGACCACGUCCCGUCCAGGGAAACUGCCCACAUGCCUGCCCGUGGAGGCAACUAUGGUCCACAUACGGGGUUUUGACAAGCCACGGGUGGAGGAGUAUGUGGGCCACUUCUUCAGGGAUCAGCCGUUGCAGGCAGUGGCUCUGGCAGAGGUGAGGGCAGAUAGGCAUCUCUGGAGCAUGUGUGCUGUGCCCGCGCUGUGCAGGCUGGCCUGCCUUUGCCUCCGCCAUCUGCUCCCUGGCACCUCCCCAGGCCAGGCUGCCACCCUCUUGCCCACUGUCACACAGCUCUACCUACAGAUGGUCCUCUCCCUCAGCUCCCACAAGUGUUUACCCACCACGUGCCUCCUGGACCUCAGUGAGGUGGCCUUGAAGGGCCUGGAGGCUGGGGAAGUUGUCUUCUAUACAGGAGAUAUUCCUCCACCCAUGAUGGCCUUUGGGGCCACCCACAACCUACUGACUUCCUUCUGUGUCCGCACAGGCCCUGGGUGCCAGAAGACAGGUUAUGCCUUUGCCCACCUCAGCCUACAGGAGUUCUUUGCUGCCCUACAGCUGAUGACCAGUCCCAAGGUGGAUGAAGACAAGCUCUCGCACUAUGUCACCCUCCAGUCCCAUUGGGUGUUGAGGACCAAGGCUAAGCUGUGUCUCCAAGACCACCUGCCCACCUUCCUGGCUGGUCUGGCAUCCCGUGCCUGCUGCCCCUUCCUCAGCAAGCUGGCCCAGCAGGAUGAGAAGUGGGUGGGUGCCAAACAGGCUGUUGUUGUGCAGACAUUGAAGAAGUUAGCUGUCCGCAGGUUCAGAGGACCAAAGGUUAUGAAACUGUUACACUGUGUGAGUGAGACCCAGGAGUUGGAUCUGGCCCAACAUGUUGCCCAAAGCCUUCAUGACCCACUGUCUUUCUACAACUUCCCACUGAACUAUGCCGAUCUGGCCACCCUGGUCAACAUCUUGGGCAACAGAGAUGUCCCCAUUCACCUGAAUUUUGAGGGCUGCCUUUUGGAGCCACAUUGUCUAGAGGCCCUGGUGAACUGUGGGCAGAUAGAAAAUCUCAGUUUUAAGAGCAGGAAGUGUGGAGACGUCUUUGCAGAAGCCCUCUCCAGGAGUGUGCCUACAAUGAAGGGCCUGCGGAAGCUGGGGUUAACAGGAAGUAGGACAACUGCCAAAGGCAUCAGCCAUCUGAUGAAGGCUCUGUUGCUCUGUCCUCAGCUGGAAGAGGUAAGUUUGCAGAACAACCAGCUCAAGGACCAAGAGGUACUGAAAGUUGUGGAGGUUCUCCCUCACCUGCCGAGACUCCAGAAGUUCAACCUGAGCUGCAACGGCAUCUCGGUAUCAACCCUACUUAGCUUGGCAAAGAUGGUAGUCACGUAUCCAACUAUCAGGACAUUGCAGGCCAGGCAAGAGGAGUUCAUCUUCCUUUUCUCCCCGUCCACAGAGACAUCUACAGAGCUGCAAGGAGCCCCAGACCUGCAGGUAAAUGCCAGCCAGAAGGAAGAGGCACAGACCCGAAGCCUGACACUCAGGCUCCACAAGUAUCAGCUCCAGGUCUACAAUGUGGAGACACUCAUAGCCCUGCUCAGGGACGGCCCCUGCCUGGAGGAAGUGGACCUCUCAGGGAACCAGCUGGAAGAUGAAGGCUGUCGGCUGAUGGCGGAGGCUGCAUCCCAACUGCACAUCACCAGGAAGCUGGACCUCAGUGAUAACGGACUUUCUACAUCCGGGGUGAACCAUGUGCUGAGUGCAGUGAGAGCCUGCAGGACUUUGGCAGAACUGCAUAUCAGCCUGCUGCACAAAACUGUGAUCCUCACAUUUGCCCAAGAUCCAGAAGAGGAAGAGGGAACCCAGAAGAGGGCUGCAUUUCUGGAUAGCCUCAUUCCCCAGAUGCCCUCUGAGCUCCCCCUGAGUUCCAGAAGGAUCAGGCUGACCCACUGUGGCUUCCAAGCCAAGCACCUAGAGGAACUCUGCAAGACACUGGGAAAUUAUCACCUCAGUGACCUCGACUUAUCAGACAACGCUCUAGGAGAUGAAGGUGCUGCCCUGUUGGCUCAGCUGCUCCCAGGACUGGGUGCUUUGCAGUCCUUGAACCUCAGUGAGAACAGCUUAUCCCUGGAUUCUGUAUUCAGUUUGGUCCAGCCCUUCUCUACUCUGGAAUGGAUUCUUCAUUUAGACAUCAGCUUAAAAAGUCAGUGCUUCCUCCUGAGAGGAGACCUGGGACACAGGAAUAUACUGGCUGGUGAAUCUUUGGCAGAGUGCACAACUGGAGCCCUGUUCUUAGGGUACAGUCAGCGCUGUGUCCCCAAGAGCUUUCGCCUCAGGGAGUGUCCACUGGAACCUUCUAGUCUCAUCCGCCUCUGGGAAGCCCUGGAGAAGUGCCCAGGGCCUUUGGAAAUUGAGUUGUCCUGUGAGUUCCUGAGUGAUGAGAGCCUAGAAACCCUACUGCACUGUUGCCCCCGGCUCCCCCAGCUGAGCCUGCUGAAACUGAGUCAGAUGAGACUGCCUCCAAGGAGCCCCUUGCUGCUGGCCAACAUCUUCAGUUUGUGUCCUCGGACUCAGAAGUUGGAGCUCAGGUCCCUGAGUCAUGUAUCCGUGCACUUCAGGUCCAGUGAGGAGCAAGAAGAUGUGAGCUGUGGUCGGUUCACCAAAUGCAACCUCCUCUCAACGCAUGUGAAGCCACUGUGCGGGAUACUGAGCAAGUGUGAAGACAUUAGCCACCUAGACCUCUCAGCAAACGCACUGGGUGAUGAUGGGCUCAGGAGCCUCCUGGAAUGUCUGUCUCAGGUGCCCAUCUCCGGUUCACUUGAUCUGAGUCACAACAGCGUCUCUCUGGAGAGUGCUCUGCACCUGGUGGAGACCCUCCCCUCCUGCCCAGGUGCCCAGGAGGCCUCUGUGAACUUGGGGUCUGAACAGAACUUUUGGAUUCACUUCUCCAGGCAGGAGGAGACUGGGAAGACACUGAGACUGAGUGAGUGCAGCUUCAGGCCAGAGCACAUGCCCAGACUGGCCGCUGGCCUUAGCCAGGCUCCCCAACUGACGGAUCUCAGGCUGACCCGAUGUGACGUGGACCUGGUAAAACUAACCGUCCUCCUGAGCCAAGUGAGGCGGCCAGCAGGGCUACUCCGUCUCAGGGUGGAAGAGACAUGGGUGUGCACAGUCGGGGUGCUGGCCCUGCUGAGAGCCAUUGCCCAGGCCUCAGGCAACGUCACCAAAAUAAGCAUCUCUAAGACCCAGCAGCAACUCUGUGUCCAGCUGGAAUUCCCACGUCAGGAGGAGAACCCAGAGGCCGCAACCCUCAGGCUGAGUGACUGUGACCUGGGAAGCUACCACAGUCUUCUCAGACAGAUGAUGAAGACAUGUGCCAGAUUGCGGCAGCUCAGCUUGUCCCAGGUUCACCUUUGUGAUGCCAGCUCCCAGGUGCUACACAACUUCCUGAUGUCCCUCUCAACGCUGAAGAAAUUCCGGCUGACCAGUUGUGUGAGUGUGGAGGGUUUCACCCACCUGGCAUCUGGACUGAGCUACUGUCAAGACCUAGAGGAGCUGGACUUGUCUAACAAUCAGUGUGGUAAGGAGCUGCUGAGGACCCUUGAGGGGAAGUGCAGGCUGAAGAGGCUUGACCUCAGCUACCUUCCACUGGACAGCUGCACCCUGGACCUGCUCACUCAAGCACUAAGGCACAUGACACUUCUGCAGAGUCUCAUCCUGAGCGGGAACAGCCUUGGUGACAUUGGCUGUCGUCACCUUUGUGAAGCCUUCAGAGUUACCACCAACUUGGAGGAAUUGAGCUUGAGCCACAACCAGAUUGGAGAUGCUGGUGCCCAGCACUUAGCUGCUGUUCUACCGGGGCUGCCUGAGCUCAGGAAGCUAGACCUCUCAGCAAAUGGCAUUGGGCCGGCAGGGGGAAUGCAGGUAGUGGAGUUUCUUGGUCUCUGCCUUGAGGAGCUGAGGUUUGGGUACAAUGCCCUGGGGGACCCCACAGCCCUGAUGUUGGCUCACAGGCUGCCCCCACGUCUGAAGAUCCUGUGCCUGUCCUCCAGCCACCUGGGCCCAGCGGGGUCUUUGAGCCUUGUCCAGGCCUUGGACGGAUGUGCGCAGGUGGAAGAGAUCAGCUUGGCAGAGAACAGCCUGGCCGGAGGGCUUCCACAGUUCUCUAAGGGGCUCCCACUGCUCAGGCAGAUCGACCUAAUUUCGUGUAAAAUUGACAACAAGACUGCCAAGCUCCUGGCUGCCAGCUUCGUGCUCUGCCCUGCCCUGGAAGAAAUCCUGCUGUCCUGGAAUCUCCUCGGGGACGAGGCGGCUGCUGAACUGGCCCAGGUCCUGCCGCGAAUGGGCCGGCUGAAGAGAAUAGACUUGGAGAAGAAUCGGAUCACAGCCUGCGGAGCCUGGCUCCUGGCUGAAGGACUGGCCCAGGGUCCUGGCAUCCAAGUCAUCCGCCUCUGGAAUAACCUCAUCGCCCCUGAUGUGGCCCAGCGUCUGCAGAGCAAGGAGCCCAGGCUGGACUUUGCCUUCUUCAAAGACCAUCCCCAGGCCCCUCGGAGCACUUGA